UCUACCCACAAUGCAGUGUGGUUGUGACUCCUGGCUCGGAGGGAGUUGUCGUUGUUAUUAUAGUUUAUAAUACACACUGGCAGGGUCCCUCUGGGUGUGCUGUUUAACUGAUGUGAGCCGAGUCCCGUUCAGACAGUACAUUAACUGGAAUAGGACUAGAAAGUGAUGGUUUUGCCCACACGCAACAUGGCCGCCGGAGUGUUUCGGUCUGGUUAGUGUCGGGCGGCGGAGGAGGAAUUUGAAGUGAGCGAGAGGGAAGCUCCGGUGAUCUGGUAACGGAGAGUGGGGCUGUGAGAUAGGUGCAAUGGCAGCUCCGCUGGCCAAGAGGAAGUCUGAUGGGCGCAAGGUGUUCACUGGCAGACCCGAGCCGAACCCGCAGCUCGUGGAGGGGGCUAUUGUCAGAAUCAAAAUGGAAAACUUUCUAACCUAUGACUUGUGUGAAGUGUUUCCUGGUUCCCAUUUAAACAUGAUUGUUGGUGCUAAUGGAACAGGGAAAUCCAGCAUUGUUUGUGCAAUUUGCCUUGGAUUGGCUGGGAAGACCUCCUUUAUUGGUCGAGCGGACAAGGUUGGAUUUUAUGUGAAACGUGGGUGCCAGAAAGGGAUGAUUGAAGUAGAACUGUAUAAGCCUUCGGGUAAUGUGGUGAUAACACGUGAAAUGCAGGUUGCAAACAAUCAGUCAACAUGGUCUUUAAAUGGUAAAAGUGUUCCUCUUAAAAUGGUUGAGGAGACUGUGGCUUCCCUGAAUAUUCAAGUAGGAAAUCUUUGCCAAUUUUUACCACAGGAUAAAGUGGGAGAAUUUGCCAAAUUGUCAAAGAUUGAACUUCUUGAAGCAACCGAGAAAUCAGUUGGACCUCCAGAGAUGUACAAGUUUCAUUGUGAACUGAAAAACUGCAGGGAAAAAGAAAGGGAACUUGAAAAUACUUACAAUAGUAAAGCUGAAUAUUUACAGAAUAUGAAGCAACAAAAUGAACGCUACAAGAAGGAUGUUGAGAAAUACUACGAAAAAAAGCGCCACCUUGAUAAAAUAGAAAUGUUGGAAAGAAAAAGGCCUUGGGUGGAAUAUGAAAAUGUGCGCCAGCAAUAUGAAGACUUAAAAAAGAAUCGUGAUCGUUUGAAAGAGGAAGUCAAAAAGUUACAAGAGAAGCAAUCUCCUCUUAGUCACAAAAUCCAACAAAUUGAAAAGCAGCUGAAAUUGAUUGAUGGAAAAAUAAAAGACAAGGGGUUGGAGAUUAAAGAGACUUCACAGAAAUGCAAACAGAAACAAGAUGCUUUGGAAAGGAAAGAUAAACAGAUAGAAGAAAUCCAACAGUCACUGAGAAUGAGGAGAGAUGAGGAGUGUGACAGACAGAAGAAAAUCUGCAACAUUCGUAAGAUGAUAGAGGACUGGCAGAAUGAGCUGAGCACAAUGGACAACCGUGAACAACUUCAGCCAGAAUUGGAAUCCAUUGCCAGUGAGCUACGACACAUACAAGUAGAGAAGGCAAAUGCUGAUAGUGAACUAAGCGACUUACGUAUGGAGAAGGACAACUUAGAGAGAGAAAGGAAAAAUAAGGCUAAUCGAAUUAAACAACUUGAAGAUUUACUGAAUCAAAAGGAAGAAAGGCUGAAGAAAAGAUUUGUUGACACUUACAAUGCUGUUGUUUGGUUAAAAGAAAACAAACACCGGUUUAAGCAAAAUGUCUACCAACCAAUUAUGCUUGAAAUCAAUAUGAAAGACCAACAACAUGCAAAGUAUGUUGAAAAUCACAUUUCAGCAAAUGACAUGAGAGCAUUUGUGUUUGAAAACAAAGAAGACAUGGACAUGUUUCUGAAGGAAAUCCGAGACAAUCAAAGGUUAAGAGUGAAUGCUGUUUGCUCUCCACAGGAGUCAUUUGCAAACCGAAACCCUACGAGACCUAUAAGUGAACUUCAACGAUAUGGCUUUUUCUCCUACUUAAGAGAAUUGUUCGAUGCUCCUCCACCUGUAAUGAGUUAUCUGUGUUCUCAGUAUUUUGUGCAUGAAGUGCCUGUGGGAACCGAACAGACCAGAUCUGUUAUUGAAAAAGUUAUUCAGGAAACUAGAUUACGACAAAUGUAUACAGCGGAAGAAAAAUACUCAACAAAAGUGUCUGCUUACACAAACAAAGUUAUUUCUAGCAAUAUCUCUCUAAAGGCAGCACAGUUUCUAACUGUGACAGUGGAUGCCGAAGAAAGACGGCAGUUAGAAGAACAGUUAAGGGAUAUUCAGAAACGUUGCAUUCUUCUAGAAUCUCACUGGAAAGAACUGGUUAACAAGCAGAAACUUCUAGAUAAAAGAGAUAAUGAACUGAGACAGAGGAAAAAAGAAAUACUGGAUGUGAGAGCAAAAAAACGGCAACUCGAACAAAGAAUUAGUACUAGAGUUGACAGUUUAAAGGAGUUGGAGCAAGAGAAUAUGGAUUUAGAAUCUGCAGAACAGCAAGCCAAUGCCAAGAUUAAAGAAAUCAGUGUCCAGAAAGCCAGACUUGUUAAUGAACUAACACAAUUAAUUAAGAGCUGUACAUUGCGUAGUAUUGAAAAGGUGGACUUGGCCCUUCAAAGCACUGCUGUGUUAUCAGAGAAGAAUAAACUUGAUUCAGAGUACAAAGAGGCUAUAUCACAGCUCAAGGACCUGGAUAAUCAAUUUAUGCAUGCUGAUGAGAUGAAGCGAAGUUUACUAGACAAUUGCAAAGAACUGUUAAGAAAAGCAAGACAGGCUUGUAACUUGGGGGCAAAUCAGGAUGUCCCACAAGAUUUCCAGACGGCUUUCCAGGCUCUUCCUAAUACACUGGAUGAAAUAGAUGCUGUGCUAAACGAGGAACGAUCCAGAGCCUCUUGCUUCACAAGCUUUAAUGCUUCAGUUGUUGCAGAGUACAACAAACGAACAGAAGAAAUAAAACAGUUGACAGUAGAACUUGACCAGAAAAGAAAUGAGUUGGAUGACUAUAAGCAGAAUAUUUCACAGGUGAAAGUACGUUGGCUCAAUCCUUUGAAGCAGUUAGUUGAAAAAAUCAAUGAACAAUUCAGCAGCUUCUUCCGCUCCAUGCAAUGUGUCGGUGAGGUGGAUCUUCACACUGAAAAUGAGGAAGAAUAUGAUAAAUAUGGAAUAAGGAUCCGCGUGAAGUUUCGAAGUAGCACACAACUGCAUGAGUUGACACCACAUCAUCAGAGUGGGGGGGAGCGCAGUGUUUCCACAAUGCUUUAUUUGAUGUCUCUUCAAGAACUCAACCGGUGCCCUUUCAGAGUGGUAGAUGAAAUAAACCAGGGAAUGGAUCCCGUGAAUGAAAGAAGGGUAUUUGAAAUGGUUGUGAAAACGGCAUGCAAGGAGAACACUUCUCAAUAUUUCUUUAUCACUCCAAAGCUCCUCCAGAAUCUUACUUAUGCAGAUAAAAUGACCAUAUUGUUUGUUUACAAUGGCCCUUACAUGCUAGAGCCCACAAAAUGGAAUAUAAAAGCUUUCCAUAGACGACGUAAAAGAGUUGCUGCAGUGGAUACCUGACUUUUUUUGCGAAUGUACAUAUACAUUUGAUUACAUCUCUCCCACUGAGGUCUUUGAAAGUGCAAAACGGAUUCUUGCAAUAAAAAAAGUUCUUUAUUUUCUAAAAUAUCUAAGCCCAGUCAAGGGAGGACUUACUCUCAAGGAUUUUUU